GUAGAAGAAGACGCCCACGUCGUGGAACGUCAUUUUACUAAAUACAGCUAGUCCGUCUUUAUCGGGACUAACCAGUGGACCACGUUGCUUGCAACUCAACUGAGCUACACAAACGUCUGUUUUCCUUUGGUCUCUGUUAUUAUCUAAUUUAAGCCACUGUGAUUUCGUUCGCUUAUACUAGCCGAAGCAACAGAUGUUGAGCAAGCAUGCUAACAGAAGCUAUCUUCACUAGCAUGAGUCGGCUAUGAAUGUACAGCCCGCAUAUACUUCAGGAUUGAUCUGCCAACAUUUAAAGAGCAAGCAUGAGCAGCCUGGAUCAAGACCAGCGUCUCAAUCCUAGUUGCCGUGACAAAACAACAGUCUCAAGUGAUUCAUCAGACACUCGUGAGCUCGCCAAGCAGCCUCUCCAAGGUCUACAAUUGGCAUCACAUGCAGUGCUGGAGAAAGCGCAGCAGAGGGGCAGGUUGAAGUGCUCUAAAUGUGGAGGAUCAAGGAUGUUUUUCUGCUACACAUGCUGCUCAUUAGUGGGUGUCGGCCUGCAAGAAAUCCCCUUAAUCAAGCUUCCUGUGAAGAUAGACAUCAUCAAGCAUCCAAAUGAGACAGAUGGCAAGAGCACUGCAAUCCAUGCCAAGAUCCUCGCACCCAGUGAUGUCACCAUAUACACCUACCCCUGCAUACCUGAGUUUGAAAAGGACAAGGUUGUUUUAGUGUUCCCUGGUCCUGGGGCUGUCUCAGUUCAAGACAUGAUGCAGUGUUUGCUUGACAGGACUGACAGCAGGUCACAUGACUUUGAUGAACCCCGCAUAAAGAGGCUGAAAAGUGAGGAAGUUCAAGGCGCCACACACACUGCCAAGAGCCUGGAGUCAGGGACCCCAGAUGAAUCAAAGGGCACGGAGUCAAGGGUGUAUCCCCUACAGAGGGUGGUCUUCAUUGACAGCACAUGGAACCAGACCAACAAGAUCAGCACAGAUGAGAGGCUGCAAGAUUUACUCCAGGUAGAGCUGAAGAUGAGGAAAACAUGUUUCUGGCGCCAUCAGAAGGGUAAACCUGACACCUACCUAGCUACCAUUGAGGCUAUUUAUUAUUUCCUCAAGGACUUCCAUGAGCAUUGUCUUUCUAGGGAGUACAAUGGAGAAUAUGAUAACCUUCUCUUCUUCUACUCCUACCUGCACUCGGUUGUCAACAAAGCCAAGAUUUCUGCUGGAAAAUGCUGAAGGAUGAAUCCGCUAAAAAGAGACUGUAAAGAACUGGAGCUAAAGAGCAGAUACAUGCAAGCUCCAGUAUAUCUGGUUGUAUUAUGAUUUUUAUUUUGUAAGGGAUACCAUGACAUCUAUUUGUAUAAGAAUAUGCACUAAAACAUUUCUGUUUACAAUUACUAACAUGAAUGAGUUGUGUUUGAUAAAUGAGUA